AUGUCAAACAAUUAAAUCAUAUACUAAUAAUAAGAAGAACAAAGAUCUCUCUUUUCUCGAUUAUGUGCUUGUUUGCAAAUAUUUAAAGAUAAAAAGAAACGAGGAUCUCAAAAUUAAUAUCAUCAUGAAAUAGAUACUCCUAAAUCAUCCUUUAUUGUAUUAAUAGAAAAUUAAUUCUUAGUUAGGUUAAAAGAAAACUAUUGUCUUGGAUUUAGAUGAAACAUUAGUACACAGUCAAUUUCAACCUAUGGAUAAUUAUGAUUUCUGUUUGGAUGUACCAUUCUAGUGUUAUAUAAGAUUGUCGUUUAAUCAUAAAAUUUCAAAGUUUUUGUUAUUGUUCGUCCAGGUGCUAAACAAUUUAUUGAUGAACUAAGCAAUUUUUAUGACAUUAUUUUAUGGACUGCAAGUCUCAAAGAAUAUGCUAUGCCAGUAAUGGAUUAUAUUGAUCCUGAUAAAAAGGCAAUAGACAGAUUAUUUAGAGAGAGUUGCACUAUUAUCAAAGGUGGAUUGACUAAAGACUUAAAUAAAUUAGGUCGUGAUUUGAAAGAUAUUGUCAUUGUUGAUGUAAUUAUAUAUUAAUUAAUUUCAGAAUUCAAUAUUAUCAUUUGCAUUGAAUUCUGAAAAUGGUUUUCAAAUUAAAGAUUUCUUUUAUGAUACAUAAGAUAGAGAACUUGAAUAAAUUCUCCCAUUUUUAGUUUGGAUCUCAUAAGUAAUCUAUAUAAUAAUUAAAUAAGCUUCCUGAUGUGAGACCAGUGUCUUUAUAAUAUCAGUAAUUUAUAAAUUCAUCACCAGAAUAGUUAAAUCAAAGAAGAAAUGGUAGUAUUGUACCAUUAGAUUAAUAAAAGUUUUACAGUGUCUCCAGAUCUUUUACAAUGCAAAGAGAAAAAAUUAAGUAAAGUUCUAUAAUAAAAACAUUAACAUUAUCUAAAAAUGAUGAAGAAGAAUUUGAUGAAAUUGUCUUUAAAAAACAAAUAAAUUCAGGAGUCAUUGCAAAAUAGGAUUAAACAAAUGAUAGUGAAAAGGAAACAUUUGAAAUUGGCAAUUGA